AUGUCUAUUAAGUCAGUUAAGUAUUUAUAUAAAUAUGUCUAUAAGGGGCAUGAUUGUGCUCAUGUGUUAAUUAAUGAAAGUCUUGACCAUGAUGAAAUUAACACAUAUUUAGAUUGUCGCUUUGUUUCUGCACCAGAGGCUCUUUGGCGAAUAUUUGAGUAUUCCAUAAGUGAUAUGUCACAUACUAUUAUCCGCCUUCAAGUCCACCUUCCUGAUAAUCAGAGGGUAUAUUUUAACGAAGGAGAAGAACGAGUAGCUAUAGAUCGUGCUGCACAGCGUGACACUCACCUAACCGCUUGGUUUAAAUUAAAUGCUGAGAUAAAUGAAGCACGUCAGUAUUCUUAUGUUGAAAUUCCAUAUCACUUUGUUUUUGAUGGUAAAAAUUGCAAGUGGAAAGUAAGACAAAGAGGCAGUGAUAAGGUGAUUGUGCGAAUGUAUAAAGUCAAUCUAACCAGUGAAGUAUUUUUUCUUAGAUUGUUGCUUUUGCAUGUAAAAGGUGCAAUGUCUUUUGAGGAUUUGCGUACUAUUCAUGGCACUGUUUUUAAUACAUUUCGUGAAGCAUGUUAUCGAUUAGGUCUAUUGCAAGAUGACAUUGAAUGGAGAAAUACAUUAACUGAAGCUGUAGCAACUCGAAUGCCUAAACAAAUUAGGCAACUGUUUUCCAUUGUAUUGACUUUAUGUGAAUCUGAUGAUCCUUGA